AUGACUGCGAUAUCUGAAAUCCGAAAUGGAGGCAAUGGCAGUGACGAGAAAGUUGUCAGGCCAGAGUCAUUGGGGGACAACGCACACGAAGGGUUGAUCCCAGUCAGCGACAAUGCAGAUCAACUACAGCGCCAUCUGGGCAACCGCCAGAUUCAGCUCAUUGCCAUUGGUGGUACUAUCGGCACAGCGUUAUUCGUCAGCAUCGGAGGUGGACUCAUGGAAGGAGGUCCAGGCAGCCUACUUAUUGCCUUUACACUCUAUUCUUGCCUUCUCGGUCUGGUAAACAAUUGUCUUGCAGAAAUGGUAAUCUACAUGCCGGUAUCAGGCUCAUUUGUGCGAAUGGCUGGCAAAUGGGUGGACGAAGCAUUCGGGUUCAUGGCGGGUUGGAAUUUCUUCCUCUAUGAAGCUUGCUUGAUUCCAUACGAGAUAUCAGCGCUGAAUCUGCUUCUCACAUUUUGGAGGGAUGACAUCCCUGCAGCUGCAGUAUGUGCUGCGUGCAUCGUCCUCUACGGUCUCUUCAACGUUGUCGCUGUGAAAUAUUAUGGAGAAGCUGAGUUCUGGUUAUCAUCUGGAAAACUAUUACUACUCCUGAUGCUAUUCUGUUUCACUUUCAUUGUUAUGGUCGGUGGAAAUCCGCAGCACGAUGCGUUUGGAUUUCGAUAUUGGAAUAAUCCAGGAGCAUUUGCUGAGUAUGUGACCACAGGUCCUCUUGGCCGCUUUGAAGGGUUUCUCGGUGCGCUCUUUUCUGCAGCAUUCACUAUAGUCGGGCCGGAAUACCUAGGCAUGGUGGCUGGUGAGACGGAACGGCCCCGAACAUACCUUAAGCAGGGGUUCAAGACCAUGUACUGGCGCUUUGGAGCUUUCUUCAUUCUGGGUGCCCUCUGUGUUGGCAUCAUCCUGCCCUACAACGACCCUCAACUGGAAAAUGCUGGCACCGGAACCGCUGAUGGAAGUCCUUACGUCAUUGCUAUGCAGAACAUGGGCAUCAGCGUGUUUCCGCACAUCGUCAACGCCCUCAUGGUGACUAGCAUCUUCUCUGCUGGUAAUGCUUUCACAUAUUGCGCUAUGCGAUCGCUCUAUUCGAUGGCUUUGGAUGGACAUGCACCAAAAGUCUUCGCCAAAUGCAACAAGCAGGGCGUUCCAUAUUGGGCUUUUGUUUUUACCAUGUGCUUCCCUUGUCUGUCAUUCCUGCAAGUCUCAAAUGACACCGCACAAGUAGUUACAUGGUUGGCCAAUUUGACUGAGGCUGGCCAAAUUAUUGACUACAUUGUCAUGACGGUGACGUACAUCUUCUUCUAUCGGGCACUUCAAGCUCAAGGCAUUGAUCGGGAAACACUACCUUACGUGGGAUGGUGGCAACCGUGGUCUGCCUACAUCGGAACUGUAGGUAUGAUCAUUAUGGUCUGCAUAUACGGCUACACGACAUUUCUUCCAGGCUGGUGGGAUGUUGGCACCUUCUUCUCCUAUUAUUCGAUGGUUUUUGUGGCUUUUGUUACGUAUUUUGGGUGGAAGAUCUUCAAAAGGACCAAGAUUGUGACUGCAACACAAGCAGACCUUGUUUGGGAUAAGCCAAUCAUUGACGCCUAUGAGAACUCACUUCCGGACCCUCCUACCAGCUUCCGUGAAGAGCUUCUCAUUAUGGUGCGCUUGAGUAAGCGAAAACACAACGACGAAAAUAAUAAUUCAAUCUAG